AUGUACCGCACCAACGCCGACGAUGCUCGUCCUGCUCGCCCGCUUACCAUUUUCGACAAAUACCCUCGUCCCAAGAAGAAGCUUAAGCAAUUGCAUUGGGAGAAACUCGAUGUGGGAAGCAUGGCUCAGUUCUGGAACCAGCUGUCUCAAGACCUGAUCAUUCUGGAGUUACAGUCUAAGGGUGUAUUGGACGAAAUCGAGAUCAUCUUUGCCGCUAAGGACGUCAAAAAACUCGCCACUGUCAAGAAGGAAGACCUCAACAAGAUUCUGUUCUUGCUGCGGGACGUGGCGCAACAGUUUGCCAUCAACUUGCACCUGUUCAACGCCUGUACUGACGAAGAGCUCAUCGCCAAGAUCUUGCGCUGUGACGACGACGUGGUGUCCAACGGCGCUGUGCUUGAGUUCUUGGGCCGCGACGAAGUUUGCGACAUCUCGAACUCGCUUGCCCGCAAUUUUGAGCCUUAUCUGACCGACUACACCACUGGCGGCGAAGUUGCCAAACCGGAAAAGGACCCCCGCGAACUCCAGCGUCCUGACCGCAUCUACUUGGAGCUCAUGUACAAUUUGCAGCACUACUGGAAGCUGAGAGUGCGUGCGCUUACCGUGGUGCUGACCUACGAGAAGGACUACGACGACACCGUACACAAAUUGCGCCAGAUCGAUACUGCUGUCGACAACAUCAGAGAGCUGAAACACUUACGCCAAGUGUUUGACAUCAUCUUGACGGUGGGUAACUACAUGAACGACCACACCAAGCAGGCCAAGGGGUUCAAGCUUUCACUGUUGGCACGUCUUUCGUUCAUUAAGGACGAUAAGAACUCGAUGACUUUCUUACACUACGUGGAAAAGAUUGUUCGCCACCAGUACCCGGAAGUGCUUGGCUUCUUAGACGAUUUGGCCAAGUGUGUCGAGAUCGAGAAGUACUCCAUCGAGACCAUCGAAACCGACUGCCGCGACUACCUGGCCCUGGUACGCAACGUCCAGCUGCUGAUCGACAUCGGCAACUUGCUGGACUUGAACAAGUUCCACCCCAACGACCGGGUGCUCAAGGUGGUGCUUCCGAUCAUGCCCAAGGCCAAGCGGAAGCUGGAGCUUCUCCAGGAACAACUGACGUGCACCGUGCGCGAGUUCAACAAGCUCAUGCGCCAUUUCGGCGAGGACGCGCUGGACCCGUUCGUGCGCAACUCGUUCUUGCUGAAGUUCGCUAAUUUCGCCAAGGACUUUCAAAGAGCCCAACGGGAGAACUUGGCGAGGGAGGAAGAGAUCAGAAUCUACGAACAGCGCAAGCGGGCGUUGGAGAAGAAGCAGCAGCAGUACGACAGCUACGACGCCGCCGACGAUGCCGAGGAGCAGGCUCCUGCGGACAACGUCAUGGACACGUUGCUCGACCGGUUGAAGAAGGCAGGCCCCGCUAAGGAGACGCUGCUGGCCCGCAAACGGGCCAUGCUCAAGAAGAAGAUGCUUUUGGAGCGGCUGGUGCCUUUACAGGAGGAAACGCCGCCCCAGCUGCCUUUGGACGACGAUAUUGGUACCGACGACGCUGAUACCACCGUGGGCACCGCCGACACCACCGCCGACACUAUCGGCACCGCUGCCGACGACGACGACUUGGGGCUGAGAGCACGUAACUUGCUCCAAGAGCUUCGCGGGGAUGCCCCUGAAGCUGCCAACGGCAAGAUGACUGCUGCUCAAAAGUUCCGUCAAGAACGCCGCCGGCAAAAGAUCCAGUCGCCCGACGUGUCCAUCACCGAGGACGACACAUCUUAG